UAAUAAUAUAUCACAAUAUUAUUAUUAUUAUUAUUAUUUUUUGAUCAAAUAAAUGCAGGCUUGAUGAGCAUCCAUAUAUAUAAACCACCACUAUAAUUUCACAAACUCUGAUUUAGCAGCCUGACUGCUGUAGGAAGAAAGGUGUUUAACAGCCGAGUUGUUUUUUUUUUUUUUUUUUUUUUUGAGCUGUAAGUGAUGUUCUUUCAUCCUUGCCGAGAUGUCCACCAGACAGCCUGAGAUCUAUGAAGCUACUGUUGGAUCAUCUGGUUGAAAUGAAAGAUGUGUGUCAUCAGGAUAGCAAUGGUUGGAGAAACCAUGUGCCUGUAUGAUGGGAACCAGUGAUGUAGUGUAUAUGGAGAAGAGGAGGGGUCCAAGAACUGAUCCCUGAGGAACCCCAGUGAUAAGUGGAUGUGCUCGGGUUACCUCCACUCCCCAAGCCACCCUGAAAGACCUAGCAGUGAGAUAAGAUUCAAAUCAGCAAAGUGAAAUCCCUGUGAUGCCCAGUGAUGAGAGGGCAGACACAAGGAUCUGAUGUUUGAAAGUGUCAAAAGCAGCAAAUAUUACAUUCAGACUGAGAUCAUGCUGAAAUGUUCAGAGAUGUUUAGUCAGUUAUUUGUAAUGUUUGCAUUCUUCUGAAGGAUCUGCAGAGCAGCAGGUGCUACAUGAACUUUAACCCAUUUUAUUCUUAUCAUUAGUUCAUCUGGUGAUGGGUAAUAAUAGUAAAGCUUACUUCCUCUGUAUUAGCUCACCAUGUCUGAGUGGCUAUUGUUGUUGUUCCUGCAGCUCAGACAGUAUAGCAUGCUGCUAGCAACGCAAGUUAAUGGGGUUGAAUAGCAGGGAAUUCAUGGAAGAUAAAAUGUAUGCCUUGGAUAUCUUUGGAUAAGAGCAUCUGAGAAAUGUAUGUAUCUUUCUGACAUCAGGAAGUCUCAAACAAACCACUUUUUAGUUUCACUGGGGAAGGCUCUCUGUAUCAUGACCAAAAACCUUUGGCUUUCUUUUUAAAGGAGAAAGUGAAACAAGGUUUGUUUUCAUUAUUUAACUCUGUAUUGUCUUUCAUAAGUAGAUUUGGCCUCUUAGAAAUAUUCAGGUCACUUGUGUUUAAUUCUGUUGAGUGAAUCACCAUCAGCAGGGCUGUUACAAGUACAGUAAAACUGAACUUUUCUCACCGAAGUACCCUUAAAACACAAAAUAUUGUACAGCAGGUUUUGUUCAUGUUUAAUCAUUGUUUCUUGGCAACUCUCAAAUGCACACCAAGUUCAGUCAAACUGAAACUAAUAUCCUGAAAACUGUUAGUGUGUGUGUACACUUGGCAUAUUUAAGAGAUUUCAGUUGUUUUUGUUGAAUUGGCCAUUACAAUACCAAUAAAACAAACUAUUGCCGGAACUACCUGUGAAGGAAGGAAUGUGCUGGAAUUCAGAAAAUAAUGGACUGAGCCCCUCAAAGUCCGGAUCUAAACCCCAUAUUUGUGGUCGAGAGCAGUUUCAUGGCCUGGGCUCCAUGUACUGCCGUGGCGCGGCUGCAGUUAUCCUCACCUAUGACGUUACCAACUGGCAAAGCCUGGUUGAGCUGGAAAACCGCUUCCUGUCCCUGACUGACACUGCCAACUCUGACUGCAUAUUUGCCAUUGUGGGUAACAAAGCAGACCUUACCGACACUCACGCUCAAGAGCCAGACACAGAGAGCGCGCGAGGAGACGAACCCCAGCCUGUGGUCACAUGUCCGACUCCUCCCGCCACUCCGCUUCAGCACAAACAGGUCAGCAGAGAGGACGCCAUGGCCCUGUACGGCCGCGUGCUUCGCUACAAAGGCCUGGAGGAGAAGGCCUGUCUGCCGGCAGAGAAGAUGUGCUUUGAGACAAGCGCUAAAACGGGUUACAAUGUGGACGCUUUGUUUGAAACCCUCUUUGAACUGGUUCUGCCCUCCAUCCUGAAGAAAAGGAGCGAGGGAGAGAGCGCCACUGUGGACCUGGAGAUGCCAAUGGAGGCAAAAAGGACUAAAGCAGGAUGUUGUGCUUAGAGCUGGACAAACAUAGGAGACGUGAGAAUUGUUAUCAAUUCGUGCCAAAGGAGGAAUGGAUCAAAAUCAGACCUAAAACUAGAAUUCAUGUAAACUACAGCUAUUUACAUAUGUAUUUUUUUUUCUUUCAUUUUUUCUCCAGAACAGUAUUAAAAACUUUUUUGGGGGAAUUAAAAGAUAGAAGCACUUGAUAAUCAUGCAGAAUAGCUGAUUUAUUUUCUGUUUUAAUUUUGUGUAAAAAAAAAAAAAAAAAAAUGCAUUGAAAAAUGAAAUGGACAUAUCUCUGAUUUUUUUUUUCUUUAAUUUUUUUUUAUUACAUCUGGUGUACAUUUAUAUUUUGUGGAAAUCACAUGAAUAUUUUCUUAUACUGCCUCACUUAUUCUAAUUUGAGAAAAUUAAAAAUUCCUAAAGUUUGGAAUAAACGGGUUAGUCUGUG